AUGGCUCGUACCAAGCAAACCGCCCGCAAAUCGACCGGAGGAAAGGCUCCAAGAAAGCAGUUGGCCCCCAAGGCUGCCCGCAAAUCGGCCCCAGCUGCCGGAGGAGUCAAGAAGCCACAUCGUUACCGCCCAGGAACUGUCGCUCUUCGUGAGAUCAGACGUUACCAGAAGUCCACUGAGCUCCUUAUCCGCAAGCUGCCAUUCCAGCGUCUUGUUCGUGAGAUCGCCCAGGAUUUCAAGAGUGACCUUCGCUUCCAAUCUUCCGCUGUCAUGGCUCUUCAAGAGUCCGCUGAGGCUUACCUCGUCGGACUCUUGGAGGACUCCAACUUGUGCGCCAUCCACGCCAAGCGAGUCACCAUCAUGUCCAAAGGACAUCCAAUUGGGCAGACGUAUCCGAGGAGAGCGUGCUUAAAUUUCCACUUUUGGAUUUUGAGACCGUUUCGAUUCACUGAAAAACUUAACCGAACCCAACGGCCCUCUUUAGGGCCACAAUUUUUCAGAAUCCAUGUCACAUGUUGUUAA